AUGGAGUUGGAAAAGAAGUUUAGCAUUCUUUAUAAACAGAGCCUUCCAACUCAGUUCUCAAAUAAGGCUGCUCGAGAUAUAUGGCUCCGGAAGGUGAUUGAAGAUCUCAACCGUGUUCUAGAUACAAAUACGGUUCAAGUGCCAAAACUUCUUAAUGAAAUCCGUCGCCUCAAGAAGGAUUUGACAUGCACAGAUCAAGAAGCAUAA